AAUUACGAGAGAUAUAUUACAACAGUAUUAAAUCACAAAUAUUAAAUAAACUCUUCGAUAACGACAACGUAACAACGGUUGAUAGCAUUGUGUCAACAACUAGGAAGACACUUUAAUGUGAAUUUGUUAAUUUACUUAACUGUACCUUUAAACGAAAUGUUGUAAUGAGUCUAUAAGAGAAAGAUAAACGAACAUAUUAUUUGGCCCUGUUUGGAGGGUUGCCAGUGGUUAGAAUUUGUGUCCCUGCAAUUGUUGUCAACUUCCACCAUAUUGCAAGAACUGUUUCCUGCUUCAGUAAGAUGAAAGGGAAGUAAACUGAAAUGUUCAUCUUCUCUUCCUCAAGUUGCAAACAAGGACACAGUUGAGCAGGAAAUAAUAAAAAUAUAGGUAGGGAAGACAGACAGGCACCCUUAGGAGAUACCCUCUGGAAUUUGUUCAGAAGCGGACGGGGCCAGUUGACGGGUGUGAACGAUAAGGGCCGGAACACCUCUCUACUGUCUCGUGUGGUACACCUAAUAUUCACUACUUUGUGUUGCUACACUUCUCUUCAUCCACCAGGCCAUUAAAAAGACAAGAACUGUCCUUCGACCGUCGGUCGACGCAUCUUAGUAUGGCGAGUGCAAGAGAUGCAGGAGCUGCCAGACCGCAGGACAACAUAACAGAGGCUCACGUGAAAGCGGCGCUGACGGCGGACAAGGGCAGCGAGGCCGACCUCGUCUCGUGGAGCGUUAAAGACUUUACAAACAAGGGUGACAACUACGCCACCAUCGUCACCAGCGUCAAUGUCAAGUUCUCCCUGGCAGGGCAGGAGCAAACUACCUCUUAUGUGGUCAAGCUCAAUCCUAAAAGAACUGUUGAGCUCGGAAUGUCAGAAUUUUAUUUUUCAAUAUUCAAGAAAGAAUCAGAAUUUUUCCAAGAAAUUCUUCCCCUACUGAACGUUGAGCUGACGGUCCGAGGUCUUCAAGGCUUAAGAGUAGCGAAGUGGUUUUACACAUCACUAGAAAAAGACAAAGAGAUGAUUUUCCUGGAGGACCUCCGCUCACGUGGGUUUAAAUUGUUGGACGGCAAGAAGGGAAUGGACGUGGCCCACGCCACCCUCGUCCUGCAGGAGCUGGGCAAACUCCACGCCGCCUCCCUUCUGCUGAAGGCCACGGCACCCAAGCAAGACCUGGCAGACAGGUUCUCACUUAUUAAAGUUGACUGGACGAGUUUUCCGGAUAUUGUUAAAAACCUUUUUAAUAAUAUGUGUUCUGGCCCCAUGGCGGCGGGUGAGGAGAUACUGCGUGAUAUAAAAGGCUACGAGGUAGCAGCACAGUGGCUGGCCAAACACAAGAACAAUUUCGCUGAUCUUCUCUUACGCCAGCUCGUCAGAAAUCCGAAGUUCGACGUCAUAUGCCAUGGUGACUGCUGGAACAACAAUUUACUCUUCAGGUACAGCGAGGAUGGUGACCCCGUUGAGGUGAUGCUCCUUGACCUCCAGGUGAACCGUGUAGCCUCCCCGGCAACCGACCUCAACUUCUUCCUCUACACCAGCCUCCACGGAGACAUCAGGAAGGCCAACUGGCGGGACUUCCUCUCCUCCUACUACGACACCUUCCAGGAUGUGAUGGAGGCCGGGGGGAUUGACAUGCCCUUCACCCUAGAGGAGCUCCAUCAGGAAGUCAGAGACAAAAUGGAUUACGGUCUGCUCUUCGGUCCAAUGUCGGUAACGAUUCAAUUGGGCAAAGCAGAAGAUUCUCCUGAUAUAAUCAACAUGAAGGAAGAAGAUUUCCCGAAGAUGUUCGAAAAAGGUCGUCAGAACACAAUAAGAAUGAUGGAAAAGAAUCAAAUCUUUCGAUCUCGGUUCCUUGCUAUUUUUGUCGACCUGAUUCAGCCGUAAGCCAUUGGGUCGUAGUGUCCAGUGAGGUAAUAAAAUGGUUUUAAAAUAUAACGAGUUUUUUGCCUUAUGAGACAUUUUUUGCCUUAUGUGGCAUAUAUAUAUAUAUAUAUAUAU